CAAUGGACACUUGGCCACGUGUCGCUGUAUAGUUGCGUACUCGAGCUGGGCCAUGUCCAGCGAGCAGUGUGCGGGCCCCGGCGUGGCCGACGCUAUCUGUGUAACGAAGGGAAAGUAUUGUGUUGCGGAACCGCGCGCGUCACGCCCCGCCUGCUACACUUGUCGGAUUUUAGCAUGAGCUGGCCGGCGUCAAGGUGAUCGACUGUGGCCGCCCGUUGUCGAAACCACACCGGUCUCGCUCAAUACGUUACCACUCCGAUCUACCCGUCUGCUAUUGCGCAAUUAACACCCUCCAGGUGACCGAUUCGUAAUCCUUGGCGUCGCUAAUCAUCAUAAUGCGGCUAGCUUUCUGCACGUUUUGUUUGUUGGCGACGGUGGCGCUAUCUGUGAGUCGUCCGUACGACCCAGAAGACCAUGGCUUGAAGGAUGUGCUGCCCUCUGACGGGCAGUUCGAGGCGUUUUACCCGCGUGAAGCGCACGGCAUACCGAACGGUUCGUCGCGACCUGCGCAUGGGCACGGUAGUUUCUACAAGCACCGCAACCCGGCGCUAGUUGACGUCAAAAAUGCAGCCGCGUAUGGUUACCGGUUUGACGGCAUGAGGAGAUUCAAUUUUGACGAUGAGUGAACAGUUAUGUAUGUAUAGUUUAUGCUAAUGUUGACUACAUAAAUGUAUAAACCUCUUGUCUUUGAAUAUAAAAGUUUUGUAAUGAA